AAAAAAGAAUUAUGAAAGAAGAAGCAGAAAAAGCGCAAUUGAGAGUCGCUGAACGAGAAAUAGCGACUUCGGUUCACUCUGCCACCGUCUGAACGCCUAAAACCACCCUCCGUAGAUUUAUCACCACCGCCGGCCACGCCGUCAAAGCCAUCGUCAACACCACCGCGCUCUGUAACGGAAUAUAUGGGAUUCGGAGACGGAGGAAGAAUUAGUGAUAGAUGGUCCUCGAAGAUACUUUGGCUCUGUGCAUUUGGAAGUGCAGUUGGGCUUUACAUGGUAGCAGUUGAAAGACAAAUGCAGAAUCGACAAAAAAGGAUGGCUGCUGAAGCAGCAGCUGCUGCUGCAGAGGCUGGGGAAUAAGUUCAAGUCAUAGUCUACAUGUUGUAACACUUUAUUUUUAUUACAAGCUUUUAGAGUUUUGCAGAACUCUUGUUUUGAUCCCCGAGCUUCAUUUUUGCCUCUCUGGGUGGUCGAGUAUCUCGUGGAGAUUGAUAUUCGGUAAUAAGAAGUUAGAUGUUUUCAGCAAAGGUUGAUUAAAUCAGAUGUAAUUCUUGAUUUCAAAUUAGUUGAUGGUUCAUUUAUCCCUUUGUUUUGUUUUUCGUUCAAAUGAAUCCGGAAUUUAACGUUUUUUCGAUCUAUUUGUGGGAAAUAAUGGGAAAUGUUUGCCUCUU